UUCGAGAAAAAAUGAAAACACAUUAUGAAAAAAUAGAAAACAACGAGAUAUAUUAAAUUACGAUUAAUUAGGUAUUCGAUUGUAUUUUGUCUUUUAUCGUGAAAUCACGAAUUCCACGGUUUCCGCAAUUGCAUAAUUAUUAAUUGCCUUGUCCGAGUGAUGUACAUUUCCGAAGUGGGAAGUAUGUGAUAUUCAUCAUGAGGAAAAAAAAACUCAGAACGCGCGUUACGAAUUGCAGUGCUUCGAAAAAACUGUAUAUAAUCUAAACUCGUUAAUUUGCAUAAUGCCACGCGUUAACAUACUAUCGUUUCUUUUAAUUAUAUAUGCGGCGUAUUUAGCUAUCUGCGAUCAUUGCUGUGGAAUCAAUUAUCACGAGUUGCCGCGAUACGAUUUAAUCAAGACCAAUUGGCGCUCGAAUCAGCCGAUCAUAUCGCGAGAAGUGGUUUCUAAUGUGAAAAAGUGCGAGGAAUUCGCGGCAUCGAAGAAGGCCCUCGCCUUUAAUCUCGUUUCGACGAGGAAUCGUGCCGGAAGGCGAGAAAAUACAUGCCAAGCCCUUCAAUGCCCCGAAGAUCGCAAUAUGACUACUCUCGUGCCCGCGACAAAUUACAGACAUUACAGCAUGUACCCGGUUUUCUCUUUGCCUGAGAACGCUACGAUAGAAUGCAUCCCCAAAGCGGGAAUGUUCAUAUUCUCAUCCGAGAACCUGAAUUACACGCAGGCACAAAGUUUCUGUCAAAAACGAAACGCGUCUCUCGCUCACGUGAUUAGCGAGGAGCGCACGGAAGGGCUGGCUAAAUUCGUGUCUCAAAAUCAUCCCAGCUUCGUGGGUCUCAGUAACAACGAUAAUAAGGAGAGAACCUGGAAGAACGAAUUCGGCGAGUCCUUGUCUUGCUUCGAUUAUCGAGCGUGGGGCGAAGGACAACCGUCGCACUUCAAGGGCUGUGUCGCCCUUGUGAACCCGCCUGGCGAAAGAUCGCCGCCCUUCUGGAAAGUGAUGCCCUGUUACGCAUCGUUGCCGUUUAUUUGCGAAAUUUCGCCAUUAUCUCAACGAUCAUCGCGACAAUAUCACAGAAAUCAUGAUAACAAUAAGGAAUAUAAUCACAAUAAGGUACGAUUGUUAAUCCGACAUAUGCGCUGCAUUGGUUGACACGUUGAUAAAGGAGGGGAAAAUAUAUAUAACUCUCACUCGGUCGUUGCUUAUACACGUAUAUGUACAUAGAGUGUAGGCCUAAACGUUAAUAACAUUAAAAAUCGUAUGCGGUUCGUAGCUCUCUCGAGUCGUUAACUCCAAUUCCCUUACAUUCUAGAUCAUGCUUUCUACAGCGCGAUACCUAUCACUUAACGACUAUGUAGCUAACAGCUGUUGCUGUCCCGCAACGACGUACAUACAUAAUUCACUCGAUACGCUUUUCAAUAGGACACUUAUCAAGGAGAGCUGCAGCGUGAUAUAUAUAAAAAUGUCUCGUCUCCUCGAUAAGAUUCGAUGUCGCGCAACAACAAUUGAAAAUAUAUAAGUCUGCCAUUAUUAUAUUAGUCUUCGCGAUAUUUAUUCGCCAAUAGCGACCAGAAGCGUACAAGAAAUAGUUGUAUCGCAAUUUAAAUACACUGUCUCGAUUAUACAAUUGUUAAUCCGCCUUGUUAGGGUAAUGCUCCGAACGUGGUAUCUUUAGAAUAAAAAUUUCGUUAUAAUUGUUACGCAUAUUCUCACUCAACACGCAUAAUUAAUACUCAACAUUAUUGUAUUUACAUUAUUUUUUUUGCAGAUUAACAUUCACAUUUAAUGAUCCUCUCUCAAAAACAUCCAUUUCAAAUCAAUUCUGAAUUAAGAUUCGAUGGCAAAUGAAGAGAUGCGUCGUAAAAAAAAUGUAUAGGUAAGUACAAGCCUAACUUAAUUAACACAUAUUUCUAUCAUUCUUUUAAAAUGAUCGCAUUAAAAUUAGAAAUGUUUACACGAUCGCCAAUAGCGACCAAUUGCAUUUGCAAUGAUUCAAUCGCAAGAGUUUAUUAUUUAUGAAGGAAGACGAUGUUCCUAAGAGAGGCGAAUGAUGAUCAAAAUUAAUAUUUAUACAAACAAUUGUUUGUUUUAAAAAAUAUCCCUCAAAGGCAUAAGAUACAACCAAAUAUUUUAAUCGAGGCCUCUACGGUGGAUCUCUUAAUUAUUAAUAAAUUUAUAUUCAAGAUGUAAUUACAAAAAAAAAGUAGCAAAGAUUCGUUCAACUCGCUUAAUAACUAUUAUUGUCACGCGUUAUAUCUGCAAGAAUGUGCAUGAUGGUGUCGCGUUUGCAAACCGAAAUUUUACAUAGUGUCUCAGUGAACAUAUAUUCACAUAAGAAAUAUUGCGUUCAAACGACCUGAUCUGUGUGUGUGUGUAUGUGCAGCGAAAUAUAAAAGUAUAAAAGAUGUGAUUGCGUUAUAGAGUACGAAUCUGUCGUGUGGUCUCGUUUACCUUGAACUUUUUUUCCAUAAGUAUAGUCAGUGUUAGAUGCCUUUUAAGAGAGUUGCCCUUGAGUUCAUAUUAAAACGAAUUAAAUUUAAUAUUAUGCUACAAGUCACAAAUAUAAUAUUAUAUUACAAAUUAAAACGAUAGUUUAUCUUACGAAGAGAUACCAAAACCAUUCGAAGAGCCACCGCAUUUCGUUAAUUACAAUUGGUUAACUUUAUGGAGUUAUUCUUGCGACGCGUUUUGCGAUAUACAAAUAUAAUAUACGCUUAUUGAUAAACGUACGUGCUAUAAAUAAUAAACGCCGAUAGAUUGUAGACCGAUAUUAGAAUAAUUUAGUACCUUUUUUAAAAAAAGAAAAACAAAAAGCACAAAAAUUUAUAAACUAUUUAAUGUACAAAUUUGAUUAUGAAAAAUGUAUACAUUCAAAUAUUAUCGCCUAAAUCAAGAUAACUUAUGUGACUAAUUACACAUUGAUGUCCUUUUGACGUUCGGGGACGGAUCACACGCGAAAUAAGAGUUUGCAUUUGAAAUGGUAUAUCUUUACAGCACAUUAUUUUUUCAAGCAAGGAGAUUGAUAACAGUAACCUACGUUUAUUAGUGUCCAAUUAUAUCAAUAAAAUUAAUUUAUAGAGAAAUAUUUCACCUAAUAUAAAAUUUUUUUUCAUGAUAUUUAUUACAAUUAUAAAUAUCUCAACACAUAUGCAAUUAAAGUAUAUACGUUUGCGAGACAUUAUAUUAAGUU